UCACCAACACACUCGCACGCCUUCGCAACUUCGCUCGCUGCUGCUGUCUUGUCUUUUCUUCUGCACAGUCUUCGGUGGUGCGAGAUUUUUUGGUUUUGGUUACUCUCAAAAAUGGCAUCAAUUCCUUCGACGACGGACCGAACAAGACGGGGAUUAUUAUUGUGGUGAGCGAAAAUAGCGGACCUCCUAGUGACUGGUGUCGCCGCGAGUGGACAAUUACAAUUUUCCUUCGGAUCGGAGGAGAGUAGUUUGUGCAAAUCGGUGUCGCGAUCGGGCAUCAGAAAGAAGCAGGGGAUUGGAAUUUGCGUAAUUUCGAGUUCCGGAUUUUACUCAGAUUGCUGUGAAGUUUUGUUGAAGCGAACGGAGGUGGAGGAGGAAAAAAUCCCGUCCCGACGACGGUCCCGGCCGUGUGUGUGAAAGUUGUGUGCGCACGAGAGAGGCGAGGCAGAGGCAAAAAACGGGCACCAACCAGCAGCAGCAGCAGUGAAUUGAUCCGGGAGUGCUAAGAAGAAACCACCGAAAAAGCAGGAAGAAAACGGAGGAUUUUUUAUCGAUCGUUCGUGUUUUGUUGUUUUUUUCUUCCUGCAUUUCUGGGUGCUGCACCUGCCAGAGCAGUUCGGAACUGAAGUGUUUUCGGUGGUCGUCAGUGUGUGGGGGCCGAAGCGUGCAAGUGACCGCAUCAGGAAACUCGGGAUUUGGCCGCGGGAAGUGUCGCCAAGUGUCAAAAAAUACCGUGAAUCUUGUGCCGUCGUGGGAAGAAAAACCUCUCAGAAAGAAGGAGUGUGUGCAAGAAGUGCCAAAGGGAAUCGCUCUCCUCGGUUUCGAUGGUGGCGUAGCAUGUGCUCGGAAAAAUCGACCAAAUUUCGCUUUGCCAGGUUGGGUGCUUGAAGAAGAACCACCGGAAGAGGAAAACGGGCUGAAAAUUUUUGAUUGCACCGAACGGAAAGGUGAUUUUCUAGAUCUAUUGGAGCAUUGGAUUGGAGUGUACGGACACGGCGAGUGGCGAGAACCCGCACCCGUAGCGAUUGGCUCUGCCUCACACGCACACCCGCCGAGCGGCGACCAAGAAAGCACGUAAACAGAGUCAGUGAGCAGUGCACUACCAGUAGGCUACACCACCACCGCAGUGGCACCUUUGGUCCAACGGGCUGCUCACCACCGACCAAAUUGUUUCGAAUCUCAAGCUAGCUAAUUAAAUUACCACGUGAGAAUGAUCGCGCAAUGAGCCUCUACCACGAAUCUCAAUCUCCGGAGCAUCACUCAAACCACUCAACCCAGCUGGGCUCGAUAGUUUGAACACACUUCUUCUGUGAUUUAAUCCGUGCGAUAUUGCAUUUCAUUUGUAUUUAUUCAAAGAAAAAAAAAUCGAAUGUUGAUACGUUGUUGCAUUUUAAGUUUAUAUGUGUAAGUGAUUGUGAAUUGGUUUUCCCGAAAGGAAAAUAAGUGCGUUCCAAAGGAAGCGCCUUCAGUGAGAGAAUUGAGGAAACUCCGAAGGUCAAGCUGUGUACAUAGUGUGAACCGAAGGAAGAAAAAAAAAACGAAAAGUUUCAGUACGUGUCAGAAUCGCCGGUUCGAUCUGACCGACUGAUCACGAACGGCGGUUGGGUGACUGAUCGAGGAUCGGAGUGGACAACGGUACGGAGGAGGAGGAGGAGGCGGAGUAGCAGUCCUAUUAGGUGUAGUACGCGUGGUUGUUGCUGUUCGACAAGUUGACGACCGGAAGCGAUACGAUGGACAGUCCCGGCGCUGUGGGAAGGCGUCGUGGAAACUCGCGAAUCAAUGCCGAAGAUCAAGCGCUCGACCAAAUCGCCAAGGAGUCAGUGAGCAGUGCACUCCCAGUAGGCUACACCACCACCGCAGUGGCACCUUUGGUCCAACGGGCUCACCACCGACCAAAUUGUUUCGAAUCUCAAGCUAGCUAAUUAAAUUACCACGUGAGAAUGAUCGCGCAAUGAUCCUCUACCACGAAUCUCAAUCUCCGGAGCAUCACUCAAACCACUCAACCCAGCUGGGUUCGAUAGUUUUUGAACACACUUCUUCUGUGAUUUAAUCCGUGCGAUAUUGCAUUUCAUUUGUAUUUAUUUAGAGAAAAAAAAAUCGUAUGUUGAUACGUUGUUGCAUUUUAAGUUUAUAUGUGUAAGUGAUUGUGAAUUGGUUUUACCGAAAGGAAAAUAAGUGCGUUCCAAAGGAAGCGCCUUCAGUGAGAGAAUUGAGGAAACUCCGAAGGUCAAGCUGUGUAUAUAGUGUGAACCAAAGGAAGAAAAAAAAAACGAAAAUUUUCAGUACGUGUCAGAAUCGCCGGUUCGAUCUGACCGACUGAUCACGAACGAGGAUCGGAGUGGACAACGGAACGGAGGAGGAGAACGAGGCGGAGUAGCAGUCCUAUUAGGUGUGGUACGCGUGGUUGUUGCUGUUCGACAAGUUGACGACCGGAAGCGAUACGAUGGACAGUCCCGGCGCUGUGGGAAGGCGUCGUGGAAACUCGCGAAUCAAUGCCGAAGAUCAAGCGCUCGACCAAAUCGCCAAGGAGGCGGAAGCCCGAUUGGCAGCACGGCGGCAAGCACGUGCCGAGGCGCGCGAGAUUCGGAUGCGAGAGCUGGAGCGACAGCAGAAGGAACUGGAACAGAAUGCCGACCGCGUGUUCGACCUGCAGCAGCAGUCCUCGGGGCUGUCCUCGCUGGGGGACAUUUCGCUCGGUACUCGGACCACCCGCCUCACGGUCAACAACACGGUACGGGGCAGUUCGCUCUCGUCCCGGCGGAGCAGCGAGGACUCGCUGGAGGAGGAGGGCCGGAGUCUGCGGGACCUGCGGCAUGAACUGAGGGACGUGGAGGACCGCUUCCGGAAGGCGAUGGUCGCCAACGCCCAGCUGGACAACGAACGUGCCUCCCAGAACUACCAGAUCCAGCUGUUGAAGGACAAGCUGGAAGAGAUGGAAGAAUCGCACGCCCAGCUGCAGCGGGAGUUCAAGGAAAAGUGCCGGGAUCACGAUGCCUUAAAGCGCGCCAACGACAAACUGUCCGAGGAGCUGAAGCUGGUGCAGGGCCAGCUGAACGAACGGGACACGCUCAUCGAGGAGCAGGGCCUGGUGAUCGUGACGGUCGAGAACGAGGAUGGCAGCGAUGCACGGCGCGCACUAGUCACAGCAGAGAAUGCACAACUCCUAAAGUCCGCACAGGGUUCCUUAGAUGUAAGACUCAAAAAGUUCUCGGAAGAGAAGCAGGAACUUCAAAACGAAGUUCAGACGUUACAGCAGCAACUGAACGACAUCAAAUCCAAGGGCAGGAAGUACAGUUCCUUCAACGGGGCACUGGAUGAUGACGAUUAUGAAGAUGCACAACGAGAAGCCAACAAGCUGAUCGCGGACUACAAGUAUAAGCUCGCGAAAGCGGAACAGGAAAUCGCCAACCUGCAGGCCAGCCUAGCGAGGUCCGAAUCGCAGGUGAUUCGAUACAAGAGCACCUCGGAGGCGGCAGAAAAGGCCGAAAGCGAGCUGAAGAUCGAGAGGAGGAAACUCCAACGAGAGAACCGCGAAUUCAUGGACCGUUUGGAGGAGCUAGAAACCUGCAAUAAUCACCUGCUGAAGCGACUGGACAAGCUGAAGAAUGCAAAAAGUGCAUUGCUAAAAGACCUUUGAUAGAGAACAUCCCCCAUCAAACCACCCCCCGCAUAACACCUAAAUCGCCUCAUCCACCCUGCUCGAAAGUGUGCACCCCCUCAAGAAAUAACUUCAUCUUCCAAUAUUGUAUUGUAUUGUUCCAUCGUCUUCGUCCGCAUCGUCAUCGCCGUCAUCCUGAUUGUGUAAAUCGUGGAAAUGAUCUCCGCCAUUUCCGAUCCUGUAUAUGUAUUUUGUACAUGUUUUUUUUUCGUUCUUUCUAUUUUACACAUGUUUUAGUAGUGAGUGAGUGAGUUGAUGAAAGGCUUCAGUUUUAGGUAAACCACCAAAAUCGAAACGCUUGGCAAAAGUUUUCUUAUGUAGUAGUGCAUAAUGAAUGACUAAAUUAACCAGCUUUUUCGCGCGCCGCAUUUCGCUCCCAUGACACCACACAGAUAGACAGACAGAUGAUCUAGACGGAAAUGGAGACGACAUCCUAACUCUUAUAUGAACUCAGAAUGAGCUCCCCGGUUUGGUGUGUAGGAGUCGUGGUUGGGAGUUGUCCAUUUCGGCAUUGAGGCCAUUUGGCAUAAUGGUCGUUUGGCAUAAUAUGGGGAACAAUCAAGCAAACAAUAAUGAACAUAACCUACGUAAUGCCAAACGACGGUUAUGCCUAAUAGCCAUUAUGCCAAAUGGUGCACUCCCUGUGUAACAGUUGUUGUAAAAUGCAGUAAAAUGUUAAUCGAUUGUACACAUACACCCAAAUGAUACUAGAAUUUGCACUUACCAGUAAGUAGGCUUGUAUAGUAAAUUUAUUAAAACAAAAAAAGAAUGAAACAAAUAUAUAGACAGACCGUUUAGUGUAAUAAAUUGGAAACCAUUAAACCUGUGUAAUUUGGACAUAGAGAACCGCUAGUGUAAAUUGAUACGGCAGAGAUUAGGCACAUAUUUAGGCAAGAGAAUUUGAGAUAAUUGUGUAAAAAUCUGCGAGGAGUAGUAGUAGUAGUUAAUAAUUGAGCAUGAAACCAAUUUUAAUAUUUAAUUUAUUAAAAAAUUAUUGCGGGGCAAUUGCCUCAAGUGACGUAAAGUUGUUUGGCUAUAAAAUAAUUUGUCAUCAAGUGUUCAGCUAGGAGCUAUUUGAAGUUGGAUGCCUAUUUAGAAUUCCACCGGGAAUUCCAUUAUUCAUUCUACCAGCAAUUCCACUAGGAAUUCCAUUAGGAAUUCAACCAGGAAUUUCACUAGGAAUUCCACCAGAAAUUCCACCUGGAAUUUCACCAGGAAUUCCACCAGGAAUGCCACUAGGAAUUACACUAGGAAUUCUACCAGAAAUUCCACCAGGAAUUCCACUAUAGGAGUUCCAUCAGGAAUACAACCAGGAAUUUCACCAGGAAUCUCACUUGGAAUUCAACCAAGAAUUCCACUAGGAAUUCCACCAGGAAUUCCACUAGGAAUUCCACUUGGAAUUUCAUCAGGAAUUCCAUUUGGAAUUUCAUCAGGAAUUCCACUAGGAAUUCCAUUAGGAAUUUCACUGUGAGUUUCAUCAGGAAUUCCAUUACGAAUUUCAUCAGGAUUACCAAUUGGAAAAACAUCAGGAAUUCUACUGAAAAUUCUAUCAGGAAUUCUACUAGAAAAUCCACCAGGAAUUCCACUAGGAGUUCCACCAAGAAUACUACCAGGAAUUUCAUCAGGAAACCCACUUGGAAUUCAUCCAGGAAUUCCACUAGGAAUCCUACUUGGAAUUUCAUCAGAAAUUCCACUUGGAAUUUGAUCAGGAAUUCUACUAGGAAUUCCAUCAGGAAUUUCACUAGGAAUUUCAUCAGGAAUUCCGUUAGGAAUUUCAUCAGAAAUUCCGUUAGGAAUUUCAUCAGGAUUACCAUUUGGAAAAACAUCAGGAAUUCUACUGGAUAUUCUAUCAGGAAUUCCAUUAGGAAUUUCAUCAGGAAUUCCAUCAGGAAUUCCACUAGAAAUCGCAUCAGGAAUUCUACUAAGAAUUCCACCAAGAAAUGUUCCAGGAAUUGCGCUAAAAAUCCUCCAGAAAUUCCACUAGGAAAUCCUCCAGGAAUUCCACUAGCAAAUCCUCCAGGAAUUCCACUAGAAUAUUCUCCAGAGAUUCCUCCUGGAAUUCCACUAGGAAUUCCUCCAGUAAUUCCACCGGGAACUCCACUAGGAAUACCAACGGGACCUCCACUAGGGAUUCCUCCGGGAACUCCACUCGGAAUUCCACCUGGAACCUCACUAGUAAUUCCAGCGGGAUCUACUAGGAAUUCCUCCAGGAACUCCACCAAGAAUUGCAUUAAAAAAAUCUUCCAAUGUUUCCUCCAAGAAUCCCUCUGGGAAUCUCCGAGAAGUUCUUCCAGGGAUUUUUCCAGGAAUUCUUCCAGAGAUUUCUCCAGGGAUUCAUUCUGCCUAUACAAGGAAUACAAAUUCAACGAUUCAUCCAGCGAUUCUUCCAGGAAUUCCUCUUGUAACUCUUCCGGGAAUUGCUUCAGGGAUUCCUCCAGAAAUUCUUACUGGAAUUCCUUCAGAGAUUCCUCCAGGAAUUUCUACUGGGAUUUUUCUGAGAUUUCCAACAGGGAUUCCUCUGAGAAUUCCCCAAGGGAUUUCUCCAGGAAUUUUUCCUGGGAUCUCUUUGAGAUUCCUCUGGGGAUUCCUCCCGGAAUUCUUCCAGGGAUUCUUUCGGGAAUUCCUCCAGAAAUUUCUUUGCGAGUUUCUCCAGGGAUUUCUUUGCAAAUUCUUCCAGGGAUCAUCCUGAGAGUUCUUCCAGUUAUUCCUCUGGUAAUCCCUUCAGGGUUCUUCUGGGAAUUCUUCCAGUGGUUCUUCUAGGAAUUCUUCUAGGGAAUCCUUUGCAAAUACCUCCAGGGAUUUCUCAUGGAGGAGAUUCUUCUGGACAUUCCUCCGAGAGUUCCUCUAGGAAUUUCUCUUGGAAUUCCUCCAGGGAUUCCUCUGGGAAUUCCUCCAGUGAAUCUUCUAGUAAUUUCUGCAAGUAUUUCUCCGAAACUUUCUCUAGGGAUUCCCCUGGAACUACAAUCAGAUUUUUUUUUUUGAAUUCUUCCAGAGAUUCCUCAGGGAAUUCCUUCAGGGCUUCCUCUGGAAAUUCCUCCAGGGAUUCUCCGGGAAUUCUUCCACGGAUUUCUCUGGGAAUUCUUUUAGAAGUUCUCUGGGAGUUCCUCCAGGGAUUCCUUCGGGAAAUCCUCUAGAGACUCUUCUAAGAACUCAUCUGGAAAUUUCUCCAGGGAUUCCUUUGAGGAUUCCUCCAGGGAUGCCUCCAGUGAUUCCUUUGGGAAUUUUUCCGGAAAUUUCUCGGGUAUUCUUCUGGAAAUUCCUCCAGGGAUUCUUCUUAGAAUUUCUCCGAGAAAUCCUCUAGUACUUCUUCUUGAAAUUUCUACAGGUUUUUCUCUGGGAAAGUCCUAGAGCACUAGGACUUCCUUCUGAGAUUCCUCUGGGAAUGCCUCCAGGGAUUCCUCUGGGAAUUCUUGCAGGGAUUCUUAUGCGAAUCCCUCAAGGGAUUUCCUCUCAAGGAGAUGUUUCUGGACAUUCGUCUGGGAAUACCUCUAAGGAUUCCUCUGCGCAUUUCUUCAGCGAAUCUAGUAUUUCCUGCAAGUAUUUCUCUGGAAAUUCCUCUGGGAAUUCCUCCAGUGAUUCCUCUGGGAGUUCCUCCAGGGAUUCCUUCAAGACUUCCUCCAGAGAUUCCUCUGAGAAUUCAGCUGGAAAUUUCUCCAGUGAUUCUUCUGGGAUUUUUUCCAGAAAUUUCUCUGGGUAUUCUUCUGGGAAUUCCUCCAGUGAUUCCUCUUAGAAUUUCUCCGAGAAUUCCUCUAGUACUUCUUCUUGAAAUUUAUACAGGGUUUUCGCUGGGAAUUCCUCUAGGACUUUCUUCUGAGAUUCCUCUGGAAAUUCCUCCGGGGAUUCCUCCAGAAAUUCUUCAAGGGAGUCCUUUAAGAUUCCUAUAGAAAUACUUCUAGGAAUUUCCUCUACAGAUUCCUCUAGGAAUUUCCCUAAGGAUGCCUCUAGGAAUUCCUCCUUGGAUUCCUCUAAGAAUUCCGCCAGGGAUGCAAGUAGCUUCAUGUUGAAACAUUUGAUGCCAAGUGAUUUUUAUUCCGAACGACUUUAUGUUACACGAGCACCCUCCCCGACAUAUUAACAAAUCCUAGCUGACAAGUUGAAUGUUACACUUGGCAUAGUUUUCAUUAUCAUAGAUGUUAUGCAAUAUGAUCUCAUGUCAAGUGAGGCGUCACGACCUGUCGCGUCAUAUUUCAUCGAAAAAAGAUCUAAAAAAAGUUGCCAAUAUGCAAAAAUAGCUAUAGGAAAAAAGAAAAAAAACGCAAGGUUGCCGUUCUGCGAAGGCAACGCAAAUUGUUUGUAAAAUAUGAAAUUGCCAAAUUAAAAGAAGAAGAACACAAGAAAAAUGCAUCCAGUCAUCACGAAAUAAAAAAGUGACUCAAGAAUGACGAACACGAAGAUUAUCCUGAUGGCUGUCGCAUCGGUCAGAGAAAACUAACAAAACGGUAAGUUGUUAAACCAGUUACAUUUACGCACUGUUGUUUAAAUUAUGAACCAUAUGAAAAGUAUACUAGUUUCUUUCGUUAACAUCCUAAAACCAGCAACAUAUUGACGAUUACUUUUGGUUCCUGGUAGUAACCUCAUCACUUCAAUCGCGCCUUCCUAAUUUGUUAACUAUUUUGUAAUUCUCUUCUAUCGUAUUUUAAUACCAGCAACUGCCCAAACAGCAAUUUCAAGUCCAAUUAGUUCUGAGGAGUUCCUGAGAAUCGUCAUAAAACCUGUUUUGGUUUUAUGAUGGUUUAGAAGGCCCCUAUUUGAAUCUUUUCGACUUAAAAAUGCGACUUGGGUACACAAUCAGUCACCAUUUUUUUUAAUCGAUUAGUGAAACCUUUAUCAUACUCCUAAAACUGCCAUAUGUAUUUUUGUUUUUACUAUUUGUUUUCCAAUUGGAUUACGGUUAAAACCGAUUCGCUUUACGUGUUGCGCCAACGAUUAGAGUAUUCCCAUAAAUCUAAUUUGUACAUUUUUGAUCGGAAUCAGAUUUCCUUCCUAAAACUAUAUUUAACUAAUGACAAAAAAAAAAUGCAAGAAACUAACGUUGGCGUGCUUCCACCCCUUAGAUACGAAGCGCGUCGACGUUGCUUUUGUUUAGCGCUUCUAUGCACAUCUUAGAGAUCUGAACAAAAAUGUAAAAACACACUAAACCUAGGGUAACAAGUUCACCGUAAAAAAAAAAUGUUGCACCUUAUCGUUGGAUUGAGCAAACCUGAAACUCCGCUCUGUAGGAAACCAAUCUAUCCCAAUCCCAAAAGAUAAAAGAAAUGCUCUCGACAGGCCGCCGUAUGAUAGAGUACCACCAUGCCAACCUAGAUGCGUUAGAGGUUAGGCAGCGAAAACAAUGGAAACAAAAACAAAAUAGUGUAACAAUAUGAAAACCAGCAACAACGUGUAACAAAGCAACAAAUUUGGACCGCAAACUGAAGAAAAAUGUAAAAUAAACUGAUUCAAGCAUA